AAAAAUACUCAACCGAAACCACCCUCCCCAGGCCCUCACUAUUUGCUAGUAGUAGUCUAGCAGUAGCAGUAGCACUUGCUGCUUUGCAUGAUUUUGCUACACCACUAGCAAACCAAAAACAUAAUACAAGCCUUGUGAAAAAGAAAGAUGGCCUUUUUUGUUGGACCAUAUUCUCUCAUGAAAUUGCCGAUUCUGUGCCUAAUCUUUUGUGCCAUUACCUUAUCUUCCUCCGCUUUCACUUCUCAGGACUACUCCGACGCCCUCGAAAAAUCGAUUCUCUUCUACGAGGGCCAGCGGUCUGGCAAAUUACCCCCUGACCAAAGGCUCAAAUGGAGGGGCGAUUCCGGGCUCUCGGACGGCUCCUCUAACAAUGUAGAUCUUGUGGGUGGUUAUUAUGAUGCCGGAGAUAAUGUCAAGUUUGGCUUGCCUAUGGCCUUCACAACUACAAUGUUAUCCUGGAGUGUUGUUGAAUUUGGCGGCUCUAUGCGAAAUCAAAUCCACAACGCCAGAGCCGCCAUCCGUUGGAGCACUGAUUAUCUCCUAAAAGCAGCCACGGCUUCCCCCGGCACCUUAUACGUCCAAGUGGGAGAUCCAAACAAAGAUCACCAGUGUUGGGAAAGGCCUGAGGACAUGGACACACCGCGGAAUGCGUACAAAGUCUCCACUCAAAGCCCAGGAUCGGAUGUUGCAGCAGAGACGGCUGCUGCCCUGGCUGCAGCUUCGAUUGUUUUUAAAGAGUCUGAUCCUUCUUACUCCGCCAAGUUACUCAAAACGGCCAUGGAAGUGUUCGAUUUUGCUGACAAGUACAGAGGAGCUUAUAGCGGACCUCUCAGUUCAGUAGUCUGCCCUUUUUACUGCUCCUACUCUGGGUACCAAGACGAGCUUCUCUGGGGUGCAUCGUGGCUUCACAGAGCUUCGCAGAAGGAUUCUUACUUGGCUUACAUCGAGUCCAAUGGCCGCGAUAUGGGCAGAGAUGAUGAUGCCUACUCCUUCAGCUGGGACGACAAGCGACCUGGGACGAAGAUUCUUCUUUCCAAGGGCUUCUUGGAGAACAAUAUCCAAGAACUUCAACCAUACAAAGAACACUCGGACAACUACAUAUGCUCUUUCAUUCAGGGAUCCCCUAAUUUCCAAUCCCAAUAUACCCCAGGUGGACUUCUCUACAAAACAAGCUCCAGCAAUCUCCAGUACGUCACUUCCUCGGCAUUCCUCCUCCUAACCUACGCCAACUACCUAACCUCGAGAGGCGGCUUCGCCUCGUGCGGGAGCACCCCCGUUACAGCAGACAAGCUCAUUUCGAUUGCGAAGAAGCAAGUCGACUACAUACUUGGAGACAACCCGGCGAAAAUGUCCUACAUGGUGGGAUUCGGGAAGAAGUACCCGCUCCACGUCCACCACAGAGGAUCCUCGCUGCCGUCGGUACACGAACAUCCUGCUCAUAUCGCUUGCGGUGACGGGUUCCAUUACUUGUACUCUGGCUCGCCCGAUCCGAACGUGCUCGUUGGAGCCGUCUUGGGGGGUCCUGAUGAUAAGGACAGAUUUGCCGAUGAUCGGAAUAAUUAUCAGCAAUCCGAACCGGCUACUUAUAUCAACGCGCCGUUUGUUGGAGCUCUGGCUUUCUUCUCUGCCAAAUCCACGGCAAGCUGACAAUAACAUCAUCUUUUCUAUCAAUAUAGGUAUAGUUCCAUUUCCGAAUAAAAGUUGUAAGAGAAGUAAAAUCAACUGUGUAAAAGCAACUGGUGUGUUUCCUUUCGAGUUAUAUAAUUUUAACGUA